AUGUCCUCUAAUGGGUGCUCUUUGGGUUCAAAAGAACUAUGGCGGCAUUCCACCCCGCAGGACACUCAGAUAUACAACUUCAUGAAGAAGCUAAAUGCAGACCUCGGGCUGUCUUUGAAUAAUUACCAGGACCUUUGGCAUUGGAGUGUCUCGGAGCCUGCUAAGUUCUGGGAGCAGAUAUGGCACUAUACGGCGAUUAAGUUCCAUAAGCCAUAUAAUCGUGUCCUAGAAUCGGACCAAGUCCUCUUCCCUAGGCCAAAUUUUUUCGAGGGAAGCAAGUUGAAUUUCGCCGAGAACCUUCUCUACCCAGCUAGCGCACCGGAUGAAAACUCAGUGGCAAUAAUUGCUGCUACAGAGUCGGAACGAGAGCAUGUCUCGUGGAAGGAGCUGCGCGAGCGCGUCCGACAAUGUGCGAAUUCAUUGAAGGAAGCGGGCUUACAGACAGGGGAUCGUGUGGCAGGGUUUCUAGGGAAUCAUGUCAAUACCGUUGUUGCAAUGCUGGCGACAACGUCCAUAGGAGCCUUUUGGACAGGUGUUUCCCCGGACACGGGUGUACACGCAGUGCUGGAGCGGUUGAAGCAAAUAGAACCAAAAGUCCUAUUCGCCGACAAUGCUUCUUUAUAUAAUGGCAAAGUUCAUGGGGCGGAAACCAAGAUCCGUCAAAUCGUUCCAGGAUUGCCAAAUCUUGAGCUGCUUGUUGUGUUCGAGACAGUCAAGUCCCAUCAGAUCAGUCUGGAGGAUCUGCCACCUACCCAGGGCAAAGUGUCUACGUACGAGUCGUUUUUGUCUGCUGCUAGCAAUCUUUCGGCUCCUCUCGAGUUUGCAAGCUUAGAACCUAGUCACCCCAUUUACAUACUGUACUCGUCUGGUACAACAGGCGCCCCAAAACCUAUUGUCCAUGGGUCGCUCGGAACCUUGUUGCAGCAUAAGAAAGAGCAUGUGCUCCAUUGCGAUAUUCGCCCUGGAGACCGCCUGUUCUAUUUUACGACUGUCACCUGGAUGAUGUGGCAUUGGCUAGUGUCCGGGCUGGCCAGUGGUGCUACCAUCGUCUUGUAUGAUGGAUCCCCUUUUCGGCCAUUUGACUCUGAAGGGGGACAUGGAGAAAUGGCCAUGCCGCGCCUCAUUGAUGAGUUGAAAAUAACACACUUUGGGACGUCUGCAAAGUACCUGUCCGUCUUGGAGCAGGCUUCACUGAAUCCGCGGAAACACCCCCACCGGCCGGUAACGCUGCAAACAUUGAGAGCGAUAUUUAGCACUGGCUCUCCACUGGCGCCCUCAACUUUCGAAUACGUCUACUCGUCUAUUCACCCUGACAUCAUGCUGGGUUCAAUUACAGGUGGAACUGAUAUUCUGUCACUGUUCUGCGGCAGCUGCCCCAUUUUGCCGGUUUUCAAGGGUGAAAUUCAAUGCCGCUGUCUAGCGAUGGCCGUUUCUGUAUGCGACUAUGCAGGUAACGACAUCAGCGCCUCUGGCGAACCUGGGGAUCUUGUUUGCACAAAGCCUUUCCCUGCACAACCGGUCAUGUUCUGGCCACCCGGUGCUAUUGGGGCAGAGAAAUACCGUAAGAGUUACUUUGACGUUUUUGGGCCAUCGAUCUGGCAUCAUGGAGACUUUGUGCGCCUCAAUCCUCAGACUGGAGGGGUAUUCAUGCUAGGUCGUAGUGACGGCGUCCUGAAACCAGCCGGGGUAAGGUUCGGAAGCGCAGAAAUCUACAACGUCCUCCUCAAACACUUUGCGGAGGAGGUAGAGGAUUCCUUAUGUAUUGGACGGAGGCGAGAAGGGAUCGAUCCUGACGAAACAGUCGUCCUUUUCGUGAAGCUGGCGUCGCAAGGCAAGACCAUGCCGCCCGACCUUGCGGCACGUAUUCAAGCUACGAUCCGCAAGGAGCUUAGCCCUCUAUUACGCGCAGUUGAUUCAGCGAAGCCACUCGCCCGCGCGCCUCGCUCUGUUUCAAGAAGCUUCGCUACUCUCAAUGAGGCUGGUUCUAAGGAUCCCGUUGAAUUAGAUCAGAUCACCACUCUGCCCAAUGGAAUCCGUGUCGCUACCGAGUCUUUGCCAGGACCUUUCUCUGGUGUCGGGGUUUACGUCGACGCUGGUUCUCGAUACGAAGAUGACAGCUUACGCGGAGUUAGCCACAUAAUGGAUCGGUUGGCCUUCAAGUCGACUAAGAAGCGGUCUAGCGAUGACAUGCUUGAAACCCUUGAGGGCCUCGGAGGAAACAUUCAGUGCGCUUCUUCCCGAGAAUCGCUGAUGUACCAGUCCGCUAGCUUUAAUUCGGCUGUCCCCACGACUCUGGGCCUUCUGGCAGAAACAAUUCGUGAUCCCCUCAUCACAGAGGAUGAAGUGCUCCAGCAGCUGGAUACGGCAGAAUAUGAAAUUGGCGAGAUUUGGGCUAAGCCGGAGCUCAUCCUGCCAGAGCUAGUACAUAUGGCCGCCUACAAGAAUAACACGUUAGGAAAUCCUCUGCUGUGUCCACAGGAGAGACUAGGAGAGAUCAAUAAGGCGGUUGUCGAAAAGUAUCGAGAGGUUUUCUUCAACCCUGACAGGAUGGUCGUUGCGUUCGCCGGUGUACCGCAUGACGUGGCUGUCAAACUCACGGAGCAGUACUUCGGUGACAUGCAGAAUCAUACGUCGAGCAGCGGCCCUUCUCUGUCGGGAACCGGUAUUGAUACUACUUUGUCCUACUCUAAGUCGGCCAUCGAAGAGGGGCAGGUGCCUACGAUUCCCCAGUUCACGCCGUCCUCAACCACUUCGACUACCCCUACUUCCCCAAAGUCCGAGUCUGGUCUCUUUUCCAAACUUCCGUUCCUCAAGAAUCUCUCCGGAUCACAGAAUAGCUCGGCGGCAUCAAUGAACCCUUCAUCGGCGAUGUCAAACCUGACGCGGGCUGCUCAUUAUACUGGAGGCUUCCUUUCCCUUCCUCCAAUCCCUCCUCCAGCGAACCCCGCCCUUCCUCGUUUGAGCCAUAUACACCUUGCCUUCGAGGCUCUUCCCAUUUCGAACCCUGAUAUCUAUGCUCUUGCAACCCUCCAGACACUGCUCGGUGGUGGCGGAUCGUUCUCCGCUGGUGGUCCUGGCAAGGGUAUGUACUCACGUCUCUACACGAACGUGUUGAAUCAGCACGGAUGGGUUGAGAGCUGCAUCGCUUUCAACCACAGUUAUACCGACAGCGGAAUUUUUGGAAUCUCUGCAUCAUGCAGUCCUACUCGGACAACCGAGAUGCUUGAAGUGAUGUGCCGUGAACUGCAGGCACUAACCCUUGACAACGGAUACACAGCUCUGCAGGCCCAGGAAGUCAACCGUGCAAAGAAUCAGCUCCGCUCCUCUCUUCUCAUGAACCUGGAGUCGCGCAUGGUUGAACUGGAAGACCUCGGACGCCAGGUUCAGGUGCAUGGCCGGAAGGUUGGUGUGAAGGAGAUGUGCGAUCAUAUUGAAGCAUUGACUGUGGAAGAUUUGCGCCGGGUUGCUCGGCAAGUCUUUGGCGGUAAUGUUCAGAACAAGGGACAGGGUACCGGUAAGCCGACCGUUGUUCUACAGGAAGGCGAACUGGAGGGAUAUAAACUUCGGUCUUUCCCUUGGGAGGAAAUUCAAGAAAGAAUUGCUAGAUGGAAGCUGGGAAGACGGUAA